AUGUCCUUGAAUAUUUUUUCUUCACCCUCAUUGUUGCGCAAUGCUGCGACAACCGCCAGUGCUGGUCUGUCACUAUGUCGCUGGAGCUCGACUGCUGCCAUCAGCGACUUCACUUCACAGCGCCGCACAACUUCGCACACCGACAUGGGCAGCCGGCGCCGGGUUGUCAACCGGGUAACCAGUCGCUCGAGGUUCCUUGAGGACCACAAGGCAAACAGCGAGAGCCGAGCCCUUGAGAAAUAUCAGACUCGCGAUUACAAGCCCGGAGACAUCUACGCCCCCCACGAUCUCAGCCCGUUGGAGAUGAGGAAAUGGGGAAAACGCCAAAGCCCUAAGACGGAUGCUUUUGACGCAUUGAACUUGAAUCCAUUGGAUAUGUACAAGAACUUUGCUGUCAUGUCCGAAUAUAUGACUUCCAUGGGCCGCAUCAAGCCUCGAACUGAGACUGGUUUGCGACCUGUCAACCAACGCAAGAUUGCCAAAGCUCUCCGCCGAGCCAUUGCACUGGGCCUUAUGCCCAGUGUUCACCGACACCCGGAGAUUCUCGCAUAUGAGAUGCGGGCUAAGUCUAUUUGGGCUGCUAGCCCGUCCACCACCCGCGGCCAGCCCACCCAGCUUUCUUCUGAUGCCAAAGGCGAGCGAUUGGCAUAUGCAUCCAACAAAUCUAUCUUCCUGCGUUCAAUUGAUGACCCCGCGGUUGCAAGACAGUACACCGAACACAAGGCGCAAACAACGGUCGCACGGUUCGCCCCUUCUGGCUUCUACGUUGCAAGUGGUGAUGCCGCUGGAAUCGUGAGAGUAUGGGACUGUGUUGGCGAAGGAAUCACCAAGGGCGAAUACAGUAUUGUCAACGGUCGAAUCAAUGAUUUGGCCUGGGACGGCGACUCCCAGCGCAUUAUUGCCGUCGGUGAUGGCAAGCAGCGAUUUGGACACUGCAUCACCUGGGAUAGUGGAAACACUGUUGGUGAAAUCACUGGUCACACCCACCAGCUCAACACUGUGUCGAUUAGGCAGCAGAGGCCUUUGCGUGCCGCUACUGCGGGCGAUGACAGGAAGACAGUUUUCUACCACGGAGCGCCUUUCAAAUUCAACAAUGGUAUUGCUGAUAAGCACUCAAACUAUAUUUACGGAGUAGGCUUCAGCCCAGACGGUUCGCAUCUGGUCAGUGUUGGCGCAGACCGGAAGAUUUGGCUCUACGACGGCAAGACGGGCGAGACCAAGGGUCAAAUUGGCGAAGGAGAGCACACCGGCAGUAUCUUCGGUGUGUCAUGGGCCAAAGACUCGCGCAAGUUUGUGACUGCCAGUGCAGACCGGACUGUCAAGAUCUGGGACGUGGAGGCCGGUAAAGCGACACAGACCUGGACCUUGGGAGAGGAGGGUGCUAUGGCUGUUCGUGACCACCAAGUUGGCGUGGUCUGGCCCCAUGGAAGAAGCGAUGACCUGCUCAUCAGUUUAUCUCUUAGCGGAGACCUGAACUAUCUGGUCGAAGGGACUCCUAAGCCCCGCCAGGUCAUUUCGGGCCACCAGAAGAGCAUCACCUCCUUGAACCAGACUACCGUUGACAACAAGGAGACUCUAUGGACAGGCAGCUUUGACGGAAGAGUCUGCAGCUGGGACGUGUCGACAGGAUCGGUCGAAGAGAUCGAAGGAGAAGCUCACCCCGGUUACGUCGCUGGGCUUGCAGCGACAUCAGAGGGAUCUGGUAGAAUUUACAGUGUCGGCUGGGACGACACCCUCCGAUCUGUCGAUGCCGCUGCUAAGACUUACACUGGUAGCGCCUCAAAGCUCAACGGACAGCCAAAGGGUGUUGCAGCUGGGGACACGACGGUUCUGGUUGGUGAGUCCGAAGCUGUCGAAAUUUUCCAGGAUGGCAAGAAGACUGGAGAAUAUAAAACAGACUUUGCAGCCACCACCGUAGCCGCGCAUGGUACCAUGGCAGCAGUUGGAGGCGAGAAUGGAUCGGUACAGAUCUGCGCCAUCUCAAGCUCCAGACUUUCUCCGCGGGCAGAUAUCAAUGCCUCUCGCAACCCGAUUUCUUCUCUUGCCUUCUCCCCAGACGCGUCCCACUUGGCAGUUGGUGACUUGCGUGGACGUGUGCUUGUUUUCAAGGUUUCAGAUGGCAGUUUGGUGACGGACCGCUGGACGGCUCAUACGGCACGAAUCACAUCACUUGCCUGGAAUGCAGCUGGAUCACAUGUUGUGAGUGGAUCGCUAGACACAAACAUCUUUGUUUGGAGCUUGGCCAAGCCAGGAGACUGGAUUGAACUGCAAAAUGCUCACAAGGAAGGUGUUCAUGGCGUGGGAUGGGUUGCAGAAGGUUCAAAGAUCAUCUCAGCCGGUGCAGAUGCAGCGGUGAAGGUUUGGAAAGUCGAAGGCCUACAAUAA